UUCCCACGCCCGUUUAUGCCCAGGUCGAGCUCCACGAUAGUCCGCAUCGGGCAGCAGCGGUUCCUUCGCUGGCACUCAAAGAAAGCACGCACGCGGACGCACACACAGGCCCCGUUCGAAACAUGUCGUCUUUGUCAACGCUCCUCCUCCUCCCUUAUAACCCUCCCGCGAUCCCUCCUCCCCAUCGCUCCUCCCUCCUCCUCCCCCGCCUCGCCGGCCCUCCGGAAACCGCCGCUCCUCCCCGGCCUCCGCCGCGACCCCGGCCCCCGACCGGCGCCGCCGGGAGCGAUGUCGGCGCAGGGCGCUCUGUCCGAGGCCCUGGCCCUGAUCCAGUCGGCCCCUCCCACGUGGAAGUCCGCCGUCUUCAGCAACCUCCUGAUCUUCGUCGGCGGCUCGCCCAUCCUCCUCGCCGGCCUCUCGGCGUCCGGCAUCGGCGCGGCUUUCCUCCUGGGGACUCUCACCUGGCGCGCCUUCGGUCCCUCGGGGUUCCUCCUCGUCGCCGCCUACUUCGUCAUCGGAACUGCAGCAACGAAGGUGAAAAUGGCGCAGAAGGAAGCUCAGGGGGUUGCUGAGAAGAGGAAAGGAAGGAGAGGGCCUAGAAGUGUGAUUGGUUCCAGUGCGGCCGGUUGUGUCUGUGCUUUCCUUUCUAUAUUCAGCGUAGGAGGAGAGGCGUUCUCGCCUCUCUGGUUACUUGGGUUUAUCGCUAGUUUCUGUACUAAGUUGAGUGAUACUGUUUCGAGUGAGAUCGGCAAGGCUUAUGGAAAAACGACGUACUUGGUGACCACUUUUAAAGUUGUUCCUCGUGGAACAGAAGGUGCUGUAAGUCUCGAGGGAACAAUUGCUGGAAUUCUGGCAUCAGUUCUUCUGGCCUUAGCCAGUUUUCUCCUGGGUCAGAUAAAAGCACCUGAAGCCAUCAUAUGUAUCUUAGCUUCACAGAUUGCUAAUCUUGGCGAGAGUAUAAUUGGGGCGGCCUUUCAAGAUAAGGAAGGAUUUCGUUGGCUCAACAACGAUGCUGUCAAUGUCAUUAAUAUCUCCAUGGGUAGCAUAUUGGCCGUUCUGAUGCAGCAAGCCUUUGUUCCAAAUUUGUGACGGCACAAGUAUCAACAGUACGAGCUCUCUAACAUUGAUAAAAUCAAGCUAAUCUAGACAUACAGAAGGGUGAACGAAGAGAGAGAGAGAGAGAGAGAGAGAGAGAGAGAUCCUUAUGCCGAAAGCGGAGAUACCAGAUUUGAACAAGGGUUACAAUACUGUAGACGGGGGACAUAUAGAUCCCUUCAAAUUCAGCAGCAUCAGCAUUUAAUUAAAUUCAUCUUGUACAGUGCUCCUUUCUCUUAACGAGGCCAGACUGAGGACCAUCGGGGGUCGGUCGAUGUAAUUGCGGCAUUCUCUUCGCAAAUAUGACUUUGUACUGUGCACGCAAUGUGCAGUUCUUUCACUUGA